AUGUCACCACCAGCUCAGAAAAACUUCCAUACGGCAAAACCCGAGGAAUCCACUGCCAUUGAUCGAUCGAUACCUGAAUUUGCAGCAGCACAAACUUCCGAUGAGGAUGAUUAUUUUGCCAGCCAUAAACCACCAUCGUAUUUACCAGAAAUAGAACAAGAGCUUUCAAAAUUCAUCACCCACCACCAAAAAACCACGCAAAAAAAGAUUGCAUUGGUGACAUCUGGUGGUACAACAGUACCCUUGGAAAACAAUACAGUUCGAUUCAUUGACAACUUCAGUGCCGGUACUCGAGGAGCCACAUCAGCCGAGUACUUUUUAGAAAAUGGGUAUGCUGUAAUCUUUUUACAUCGUGAGUUUUCAUUAUUGCCAUAUUCAAGACACUAUAGUCAUUCAACCAAUUGUUUUCUUGAUUUUAUGAUUGAACGUGAUGGUAAAAUUGAAAUUAAUCCUAAAUUUAGUGAUGAAAUGUUGCAAGUUUAUCGUAAAUACCACGAAGCACAAUCAACAAAUUCAUUAUUAUUGAUUCCAUUUACCACCGUAAACCAAUAUCUUUAUACAUUGAAAACCAUAUCUGAGUCAUUAAAAGUGUAUUCCAACAAGGCUGUUUUUUAUUUAGCUGCUGCUGUAUCUGAUUUUUUUAUUCCUCAAUCAAGAAUGCCUCAACAUAAGAUCCAAAGUUCGGCUACUCAAGAUGGAGAAUUGGUGAUUCGAUUAGCUCAGGUGCCCAAGUUUUUAAGUCGUUUGGUUCUGAAUUGGACUUCAGGAGCAAUGAUUAUUAGUUUUAAAUUGGAGACUGAUAGCAAUAUUUUAUUAAAGAAAGCUAGAAGUGCAUUGGAGAGAUAUCAUCAUCAAUUGGUGAUUGGGAACUUGCUACAAACUAGGAAAAAGGAAGUGGUAUUUGUUAGUCCUAAUGGUGAAGAACAAUGGAUUAGGUUGACUGUUGAAGAGGUACAAAGGGGUGUUGAGAUUGAAAGUAAAAUGAUACCUGCUGUCAUCAAAAUCCACGAUGAGUGGAUCAGUAAAACAAAGUAG